GCGAGCUGUGCGCAUGCGUGGGAGGAGACUUAGGCGUCGCGGUGUCGCCUAGGUAACCGCGACCUGUGGCUGCGGGCCAUGGCUUCCAGGCGUGGAGGGAGCUGGGGUCGCCCCCUACCACAGGGUGCAGCCCCGACGCCCUGGGUGACCGUCUUGCAGCCCCUCCCGUGGGCCGUCCCACCGCCGCCCACGCAGCCGGGCCGCGUGAAGGAAGGUGAGACACCAGGCUCACCCGCCUUGUGCCCUGCUCUGCCCCGCACAUUCUCUGGGAGUCCGCGCUGCACCCUCCCCCCCCCCCCCCGCCCCGCUUCCGCGCCCUGGGGGGUGGGCGUCCGCGAAAAGGCCCUGGGUUCGGGGCAGAGGGCAGGGGAGACCCGGCGCGGGCCUGCUGAACCCUACCCCCUAGACCUACUGGAGCUGAUGAUGCUGCAGAACGCGCAGAUGCACCAGCUGCUGCUGAGUCACCUGGUGGCAGCGGCGCUCAACCCCAGGCCCGUCUCGCCCCACCCGCAGGUCUACCUGGAGGGCCAACAGGAGGAGUAUGAGGAGGAGGAGGAGAUGGAAGCCCAGGAGGAAGGGCCUGUGGUGUUCCACCACCACUACCUGCCCUGCCCGAGGCCCACUCUGGGCGCCCCCCUACCGUGGCCAGGCCCUUUCCUUUCUCCUCCCCCACAUCAGCCCCACUUGCAGGACACGGCCAGGAUUCAGCACCGCCCUCCUGCCUCCAGGAAAAGGGGGGCGAGAGCUGUGCCCCCACCCCCACCCCCCAGUGCCACAGGGACUCUGGGUGUAGAUGUACCCCCAGCUUCAGGAGGAAGUCAAGAUGAGGGUGCUGUCUCCCCCCAGACCACUAUGAUGCCGAGAGCCUGCCAGGAGGACAGACGCUGGCCCUGGGACCCGCACCAGCUUCACCACAAGGCUGAAAACGGCCCUGGAGCCCCCAAGUGCCCCUCCAGUGCCUGCCGGCUCUGCACCCACACCUGGCCACCAUUCUCUCCCUCAAACCCAACCAGGCCUCUCCUCCUGGGUGAAUCAGUCCCACCUCCCCACCCACCCCCACCAUCCCCCCCUCCCCCGCCCCGCUCCUCCCAGCACUGAGACCUUGAACUGGCCUGAUCUCUGUUCUGGAGGAAGAGCUCCUUAGAGCACUGUCCAGGGCCUGGAAGCCACGUGGAAGCUCAACUCUGCCACACUGUUUUCUGCUCAGGCUGGGGGAGGCCUGGGAAGCAGAGCGCUCCCUCGACCUCCUCCCCUCAGCCCUCUCUCUGGGACGGCCAGGGCUGCGGGGCUUGGUUUGGCCUAAUGACGGAGCAGGAGGUGAGAGGGGAGGGCUGCUUUUGUUGUCCACAGCUCUCUGAAGGCCCAGAGUGAUGGGGGAGAGGACUGGCUGGGAGGGUCCUGGAGCUGAGCCAGUCCCCAAGGGGCCCCCACCCUCACCACAGGAAGCUGACUCUGUUGACAGAAAGGAGAUGUCAGAGCCAUGUCCUGCUCCUACUGGGAGUGGCCUGAGGUCCCAGGGGCCAUGUGGGAACAGAGCGUCUCUCUGCCCCGCCAGCUGGCCAGGAUGCAUCUCCUCCACUCCCUCAGAAGGAAUUAUUCACUCAGAGCCUGAUGAGGGUGGGUCUGGUACCUGGGCUGGUCAGCAUCGGGGCACCCCAGGGCCUGGGCUGGCCAGAGCUCUGGAAGGCCCCUGUGAAGGAGAGGGCUGAGGGAGGCUGAGGAGACAUUUGGGGAGAGAAGUCCAGGCCUGGUGGGUCCCCUUCCCAGCCACUGAGUGUUAUCCCGGGAGGAGACAUUGAGGCACAGGC